GAAAUACAUGUACUUUGGCAAUUCAUAAAUUCACGUGAAGCAAGCAUUUUCAACAAUGGCUGUUGAUAAUCCAUCGUACUUCUCAUUGCGUGCCGGCGACUCAUCAGCCAACAUUGGGAGCCCGACCGCCAGCUCCCAGGGGACGAUGCCGAUGACGCGCAGCCUGGGUGGCCUCUUUCGACGUAACAAAAGUUCCAACAAAAUAACGAGCAAUCGGUAUGCGCGGGAACAGCCCAGGAGCCCCAUUACCAGCGUCGGCUGCCAGAGGAGGAGCUUCAGGAAUCUCUUCAGAUCGGCGAGCGCCAGUGCCGACUGCGAGAAAACGAGGCAGUUCCUCAAGGGAGAGCCGCGGCCCUCCGAUGUUGCACCCCCGUCACCGUAUCUCAAUAGCAGAUCUCACGCACACUCGGAGAGCGGCAGGUGCAAAGUGGCACGGCGACGACUGCCCAAGUCGACGAGCGAGCUCCUGAAUGUCGACAUGAUCUUCUGCGGGCUGUCAUCCGAGGGUGGCGCCGCGGUGCUACCCCGACGUACCGAGGACAACGAUUAUUAUCGCUUCGAGCGUAAUUCGGAGUGCGGAAGCGAGGCGACCGUCGCAACCCUACCGUUAGACGACAUCGAGGAUGCCCGGAGCUACUACAAUCUCACGGCCACGUUUCCUAGCUUGCUCUGUCACGUGGCGAAACAUGAGUCGGUCGGUCGGUCGGUCGUCGUCUUCGUAGUCGAGCCUUAA